AUGGCAGAGGGGCCCGAGGAAGAGGAGUUCGUAUGCGUGGUGGAGGAGCUGCAGCAGCAAGAGGACAAAAUCGAGCUCAAGUUCCAAAUGAAAUUCGGGCAACAAUUAUUGACCAUGUCAUCAAUCAUGGCUUGUCCUUUAGAGAGGCUGGAAAAAGGGUCCAGCCCAUUUUGGGUCGGAGCACUGUGGCAUCUAUUUGUCUAUUUAUGUGACUGUCAUACUGUAAUGUCAAUUUUGACAUGCUUUUUGCUUUUACUUUAUAGAAUCCACACAUUACCACACACUGGUGGAAGAGGAAAGAUAUUUGGUAUUGAACAGGAGUCUGCCAUUGUAGAUAUGGUAGUGGCAAACAAUGCAAUCAGACUGCGUGAAAUCCAGGCAGCAGUAAUUGCAGAUCAGGGAGUAUUUAGAAAGAUAAACAGUGUGAGUUUGGCAACUAUAAAUCGAGUCCUUAAACGAAACCAUGUUAGGAUGAAGCAGCUGUACAGAGUUCCAUUUCAAAGAAACUCUGACAACGUAAAGGAGGCACGAUUCCAGUAUGUGCAGAGAAUAAUGGAGUUUGAAGCAGAAGGGACACAUCACAAAUUCAUUUUUGUGGAUGAAGCCGGCUUCAACCUCUGUAAAGUGAGGAGACGUGGGAGGAACAUCAUUGGGCAGAGGGCCACUGUCACAGUGCCAGGUCAGAGGGGUGCCAAUAUCACCAUGUGUGCUGUCAUCUCCAAUGAUGGGGUCCUUUGCCAGAUACCAACUAUUGGCCCAUACAAUACAGAACGCCUCAUCACAUUUCUUGAUGCAUUGAAAGAAAUACUGAUUCCACCCGAAGAGAGAGGGCUGUUGAGGCCUGGCAUGACUUUGUAUGUCAUAAUUUGGGACAAUGUGGCUUUCCACCACUCUCGCCUUGUGAAUGAAUGGUUUGCAGCACAGCCUCGUAUUAUGAUGCAAUUCCUGCCUGCAUACUCGCCUUUUCUGAACCCAAUCGAGGAGUUCUUCUCUGCUUGGAGGUGGAAGGUGUAUGAUCACCGGCCAUAUGAGCAGAUGCCCCUCCUGGAGGCAAUGAAUGCUGGUUGCCUGGCAAUAGGUGCAGAGGACUGUCAGGGAUGGAUACGCCAUGCAAGAAGGUAUUUCCCUCGGUGCAUUGCAAGGGAAAACAUUCAAUGCGAUGUUGAUGAGAACCUGUGGCAUAGUCGGCAAGAACGAAUGGACUAA